UGUGACGUAGCUUUGCACAUGUGACGUAGCUUUGCACAUCUGGAUUCCUCCCCUAAAAAAAAGAAAGAAAAAAGUGCUUCAGUUUGUGCACAGAGCUGAAACAGGAGCUGAACAUGAAGACGCUGGUUUUUCUCCUUUGCCUGGUCUUACUGACCUUCUGCGCAGAAGCAAACCCUGUGGUGAAGGAAAGCUUCGCUAAGCAACUUCUCCGCAGUAAGAGACAGAAACCUGGUUAUCCUGAUGAGCCGAUGAGGGAACACAUGUUGUAUUUGCAGCAGUUGGAGCUCAGAGCUCGUGAGACAAACCUUGAAAAUUGGUUGAAUCCUCAUUGUGCUCCUCGCUGUAACAGUAACUAUGGUUACCCCGUCUAACCAUGAUGAAAACAUGAAGAUGAUGAAGAUGAUGAUGAGGAUGACGCCGAGCUUUGACAAUGAAGGCAGUAAACAGGAAAUACGAGACUUGCGAAGGAAAGUUGUAUCUCUUUAUCUUCUAUAGCAUCAGAAUAAAAAUGUGCCGUCUCACAUCUCACACACUGCUCAUCACUGCAGCACAUGAACUCAACACCAGCCUUCUUUACUGUGUAGAUGCUUUUAGAGAUUAGAAAGAGUUUCUUCUUAUUCUAGAAUAAACACCUGCUUUGCA